UCUCCUAGUCCUAUCCUUGCUCUCACUGGCGAGAGGUGAGUGUGAUGCCGGUGAGCGGACGGACAUUUAUUUGCGAACUGAGCUCCCUCCCAGCUCUGAGCCCUCCAAGAGUCUUAAAAACCGUACAAGCCUCAGUGGGGCUGCGCAUGGUGAAGUAAGACUACAGCUUGGAGGAAAGUGACAGCACACAGGCAGUCAGCAUGCGACUCCUGUUGAGCAUAUUUUGCUCUCUGCUGUCUCUGACCAUCUUCGGAUUGUGCCCAUCAAUGACCAUGGGGCCAAAGGAGGGCUGGCAGGUGUACAGCUCAGCCCAGGAUGCCGAUGGGCGCUGUAUCUGCACGGUUGUGGCGCCAGAACAAAAUUUGUGCUCUAGAGAUGCUAAAAGCAGGCAACUCCGCCAUCUCCUCGAGAAGGUGCAGAACAUGACUCAGUCCAUUGAGGUGCUGAAUCUGCGAACUCAGAGGGAUUUUCAGUAUGUGACAAAAAUGGAGAAUCAGAUGAAGGGCCUCAGGACAAAAUUUAGACAGAUUGAGGAUGACAGGAAAUCGAUCAUGACGAGAAACUUCCAGGAGCUUCAAGACAAGAUGGACCAGCUGACGCCAAUGAUUCCUGUAUUGGAGCAGUAUAAAAUGGAUGCGGCACUGAUCUCCCAAUUCAAAGAGGAGAUCAGGAAUCUAUCAUCAGUGUUAACAAGCAUCCAGGAGGAACUAGGAGUCUAUGACUAUGAUGAGCUUUAUCAGCGACUCUUGCGACUGGAUAACAGACUCCGCAGUUGUAUGGGCAAACUAACAUGCGGGAAGUUAAUGAAAAUCAACGGCCCUGUUACAAUAAAAACCUCUGGAACCCGCUUUGGGGCAUGGAUGACCGAUUCCCUUGUAUCUACAAGGCACAACAGAGUUUGGUACAUGGACGGUUAUACCAACAGUAAGAUCGUUCGAGAGUUCAAGACAAUGGAGGACUUUGCAGCAGGAGUGGUCGCUCGCACUUACAGCCUUCCGUUCAAAUGGGAGGGAACCAAUCAUAUUGUCUACAAUGGUUCACUUUAUUACAACAAGUACCAGAGUAACAUUAUUGUCAAGUACAGCUUUGAGACAGGCACCGUGCUGGCCCAGCGAGCUUUGGAGUUUGCCGGUUUCCAUAACAUGUACCCAUACGCAUGGGGAGGAUACUCGGACAUCGACGUCAUGGCAGAUGAACUGGGAAUGUGGGUUGCGUAUGCCACCAACCAAAAUGCUGGAAAUGUUGUCAUUUCCCAGAUCGAUCCAGACACCCUGCAGGUCCUCAAUACUUGGAACACGGAAUACUCGAAGAGGAAUGCAGGGGAGUCAUUCAUGAUCUGUGGGACGCUCUAUAUCACCAACUCUCACCUGUCUGGAGCAAAGGUUUACUACGCAUACUCCACAAAGACUUCAACGUAUGAGUACAUAGACAUUCCGUUUCUCAAUCAGUACUUCCAUAUUUCCAUGCUUGACUACAAUGCCAGAGAGAGAGUUUUGUAUGCAUGGAAUAAUGGACAUCAGGUCAUAUUCAACAUCACCCUAUUUCAUGUGAUAGAAACAGAUGAUGGGUCUUAAAAGUAAGCAGAGAAAUAAAACAAAGUUUGUGGUUAUUUUAGCAAACAUUUGUUUUUGAAAAAAUGGUGGAGUGUGGUUCUUUUUGUUUUUUCUUCUUCAAUUUUGAAAGUUGAGGCACCAGUCUUAAUACACUACU